AUGCAAAAUGAACCAACCAUGCUGAUCGAGGUCGGAGCUGCCCUGGGCGUCGUCGCUCUCACCUCGGUUCCAGCCCUUGUAGGCCUCGUCAAGCAGUUCCGAACCCGCAGGCCCAAGGACCACUUCUACGAGGAUGUGGACGGAAAGAGCACCGCCGAGUCUUCGGCUGCCUUCUCCAACCGCUGGCCCAAGACCUUCAUCUUCCUGUUUGCCUUGCUAGGCCUGGCCGUGUCGUUAGCCAACUCCAUCGUGUCGAUAUCCUCGUCUCACACCGGCAAGUUUGACAGUUUGUUUAUCGCGGAUUGGCUUGCAGCCGGUAUAUGGGCAUCUCUUCAGGCCGUGGGCAUCGUCGCGACCAAUGACUCCGUCCACGCCUACAACCUUGGCCUGUGGCUGUGGUUUUCUGGCCUCGUCUUCGCCGCCGUCCAGGUCCUGCAGGACACGGUCGUUCUUGACCACCUCUUGGAGGACAACCCCGUCUCUUUCGGCCUCAAAGUCGCAAGCCUAGUCCUGACCGUCGGUAUUGUCGUGACGGGCGUUGCUCUGCCCAGGAGGCCGGACGUCUACUAUAACGGCAAAGUUGUGGACCGCAUCAGGACAGUGCCAGCUUACUCCCGUUUUACCUGGGGCUGGGGUGCCGAGAUCAUCGACCUAGCUACCAAGAAGAAGGAUCUCGAUGCGUCCGACCUCCCCAAGCCCGACCACUUGACCAGGUCGGAGGACUCGGCUGCGGCAUGGAAGGCGUACAACUUCGACUCCGACUCGAACCUUUGGUGGUCCAUUAUCUGGGCCUACCGUGUGCCUCUCUUCAUCCAGUGGUCCAUCGCCAUCUCCAAGGCGUUUUUGAGCUUCGCCCCGUCGUGGAUCACUUUGCAGAUUCUUGAGGCCCUCCAGCGUAAACAGCAUGGCGAAGAUGUCCCCAUGGAUAUCUGGAUCCUGGUCUUCUGGCUCGGCCUCGCCAUCUUGGCCGACGCCUGGGCCGAGGCCACCAUGUUCUGGCUGUCUUGGGCCGACCUGUGCAUCCCCCUCCGCGGCACCCUGUCCGCCCUCGUCUUCGAGAAGUCCAUGCGGAGGAAGAACGUCAAGGCGGCCUCCAAGCAGGAAUCCGAACCCGCCGAGGACGAGGCCAGCAAGAAGGACGGCGACAAGUCCAAGAAGGACGACGACGAAGAGCCCGAGGAAGACAACGUCCUCAAGUCAAAGCAGGCCAUCAUCAAUCUGAUCGGCGUUGACGCCAAGCGCAUCUCCGACUUCUCCGGCUUCCAGUUCCUUUUCCCCUCCAGCAGCGCCAAGCUGAUUGUUGCCGUCUGGUUCCUCGUCUACCUGCUCGGCUGGGGUCCCCUCUGUGCUGGACUCUUCGCCUGGGCCAUUCUCCUCCCCAUCAACUUCACCUACGCAAAGGUCUACUCCAAGGCGCAGGACAAGCUGAUGAAGAUCCGUGACCAGAAGCUCGCCGUCGUCAACGAGGCUCUCGUGGGUAUGCGCCAGAUCAAGUUCUCCGCGCUCGAGCCCCAAUGGGAGAAGCGCAUCCUCGACGUGCGCGAGAAGGAGCUCGGUGCGCUCUGGCAGGUCUUCAAGGGCGACACUGUGCUCUUCGGCAUGUGGAUCACCAGCCCCAUCGCCUUGGCCGCCGUCUCCCUUGCCGUCUAUGCCUUCCUCAACGGCACCUUGAUCCCCUCCGUCGCUUUCGUCAGCAUAGGCGUCUUCAAGAACCUCGAGGUCACCCUCGCUGUCAUCCCCGAGCUCAUCACCGACGUCAUCGACGCCAACAUCUCCGUCAAGAGAAUUCAGGACUACCUGAACGGGCCCGAGAAGACUCAGACCGUCACGGAGGGCCCCGAAGUCGCUUUCGAGAACGCCACCAUCGCCUGGCCCGUCGACGAGGAGACCAAGGACGAGGACAGGUUCAUCCUGCGCGACGUCAACCUCACCUUCCCCGCCGGCGAGCUGUCCGUCAUUUCCGGCAAGACCGGCACCGGUAAGAGUUUGAUGCUGGCAGCCAUCCUCGGAGAGUCCGAUCUCCUCUCCGGCACCAUCUACGCGCCCAAGCCCCCCGCGAGGCACGAGCGAAACGACGACAAGGCCAACCCCGGCAACUGGAUCAUCCCCAGCAGCAUCUUCUUCGUCGGCCAGAUCCCCUGGAUCGAGAACUCCACCUUGAAGAACAACAUCCUCUUCGGUCUCCCCCUGGACGAGGAGCGCUACAACAAAACCAUCGAGGUCUGCGCUCUGAAGAAGGACUUGGAGAUGCUCACGGACGGCGACAAGACCGAGCUGGGAGCCAACGGCAUCAACCUCAGCGGCGGCCAGAAGUGGCGUCUCACCCUCGCCAGGGCCAUCUACUCGCGCGCCGGCAUCCUCGUCCUCGACGAUAUUUUCAGCGCCGUCGACGCCCACGUCGGCCGCCACAUCUACGAGAAGUGCCUCACCGGCGAGCUCUGCCAGGGCAGAACCCGCAUCCUCGUCACCCACCACGUCGCGCUCUGCGAGCCCAAGACCAAGUUCCUCGUCGAGCUCGGCGACGGCACCGUCCAGCACUCUGGCUUCCUGUCCGAGCUCAACGAGGACGGGACGCUGCAACUGAUCAAGAGCCACGAGCAGUCCUCCCAGGAGAUGGAAGACGAGGAGGGCACCGCCGUCAACUCGGAGGAGGCAUCCGCCAUCGAGCCUGCCGAGAUCGCCGAGCUCAACGGAGACGGCGGCGUCCUGAAGAAGGUCCCGUCAAAGGCUGCGCGUCAGUUCGUCGAGGACGAGGCCCGCGAAAAGGGUUCCAUCAAGAAGCACGUCUACGCCGCGUACCUGAACCAGAGCGGUGGCUGGCCCUGGUGGCUGUGUGGUUUCGGACUCUUCGUCAUCUACCAGUUUGUCGUCAUCGGACGAUCAUGGUGGCUUCGCAUCUGGACUGGCGAAUCCGGGCAGUCCGUCAGCGCCUCCUCUUUUCACCACGAACCCCAGCACCAAUACGCCUACGCCCUCACGCUCCAGCACAGCGAACUCCACGUGCCGCCGCCGUCCGGCACCGUCAGCGUCACCAUGGACAAGGACACCCUCUUCUACCUGGGCGUCUACGUCGGCAUCUCGGCCUUCUCCGCCGUGCUCGGCACCGGUCGCUUCUUCUACUUCUUCGUCAUGAGCUACAAGGCCAGCCGCAGCAUGUUCGAGGGCAUCACCAGCACCGUCCUCCGCACCCCGCUCCGCUGGCUCGACACGGUCCCCACCGGCCGCGUCCUCAACCGCUUCACCGCCGACUUCAACGUCAUCGACAACCGCCUCGGCAUGGACCUCUCGGGCGUCUUCGGCGCCAUCCUCAGCGUCCUCGGCAUCUGCAUCACCGCCUUCUACGUCUCCCCGGUCAUCAUCCCGCUGGCCUGCGUCCUGCUGCUCAUCGCCGUCUGGAUCGCCUCGCGCUACCUCGCCGGCGCCAGGCCGGCCAAGCGCCUCGAGAGCACGACCAAGUCGCCCCUCUUCGACCUUUUCGGCUCCACGCUCGUCGGCAUGAUGACCAUCCGCGGCGCCGACAAGGCCCAGGUCUACAUCGACGCCAUGUACGCCAGCCUCGACGACUACGGCAUGGCCACCUGGCACCUGUGGCUGUUCAACCGCUGGAUGGGCUGGCGCAUGUCCGUCAUCGGCGCCUUCUUCUCCACCGCCGUCGGUUUCGUCGUGCUCGGCACCACCUCCAUGGACGCCGCCCUCGCCGGCUUCACCCUCUCCUUCGCGCUCGAGUUCUCGCAGGCCAUCGUCUGGUCCAUCCGCCACUACGCCAACAUCGAGCUCGACAUGAACGCCGCCGAGCGCGUCGUCGAGUACUCGAACCUCAAGACCGAGGACCAGGGCGGCAUCGACCCCCCCGCGACGUGGCCCACCGAGGGCCGCCUCGAGGUCAAGGACCUCGUCGUCAGCUACGCCGACGAUCUCGCCCCCGUCCUCAAGGGCCUGACGUUCAGCGUCAACCGCAACGAGCGCAUCGGCGUCAUCGGCCGCACGGGCGCCGGCAAGUCCUCGCUCACCCUCGCCCUCUUCCGCUUCCUCGAGGCGCGCUCCGGCAGCAUCCACGUCGACGGCCUCGACAUCUCCAAGGUCAAGCUCCACGAGCUGCGCUCCCGCCUCGCCAUCAUCCCGCAGGACCCCGUCCUCUUCUCCGGCACCGUGCGCUCCAACCUCGACCCCUUUGACAACCAGACCGACGACGACCUCCGCGACUCCCUGCAGCGCGUGCACCUGGUCGACUCGAACCCGCCGACACCGCGCAACGCGCGCUCCGACGCUGCCGCCGACGGCGACGACGCCGGCCCCAGCGCGGCGCCCUCCAUCGACGCGUCGCAGAAGAACACCAACGUGUUCCGCAACCUCAACUCCCCCAUCGCCGAGGGCGGCGGCAACCUCUCGCAGGGCCAGCGCCAGCUGCUCUGCCUCGCGCGCGCCAUCGUGUCCCGGCCCAAGGUCAUGGUGCUCGACGAGGCGACGUCGGCCGUCGACAUGACGACGGACGCGCUGAUCCAGCGCUCCAUCCGCGAGGAGUUCAACGACUCGACGCUCAUCGUCAUCGCCCACCGCCUGAGCACCAUCGCCGACUUUGACCGCAUCCUGGUGCUGAGCGACGGCGCCGUCGCCGAGUACGGCAGCCCCAGGGAGCUGUGGGAGAAGGACGACAGCGUCUUCAGGGGCAUGUGCGAGGAGAGCGGCGAGAAGGAGAAGCUGAAGAACAUCAUCUUUGGUUGA